AUGGAGACCACUAAGUCUGCCGCCGACCAGUUGGCCAAUCCUGCAAAGAAGCUCAAGAUCGAGCAAAAGACCAUUGGAACUCACAAUGGUGCCUUCCAUGCCGAUGAAGCCCUAGCAGUCUACCUCCUCCGUCUCACUCCAACCUAUAAGGACUCCCCCGUAGUUCGUUCCCGAGAUCCACCAACUCUCGAAGCCUGCGACAUCAUCGUCGACGUCACCGGCGUCUGCGACCAUACCAAACACUUCGAUCAUCACCAACGUACCUUCACUGAGACCUUCUCUGACAAACAUGUUACCAGACUCUCCUCUGCUGGUCUGAUCUACAAAUACUUCGGCAAAGAGAUCAUCUCUUUGAAAACUGAUAUUGACGUCAACGAUCCCCGUGUCGAGAUUUUGUACCAAAAGCUUUACACGGAGUUCAUUGAAGCCAUUGAUGCGAAUGACAAUGGUAUCUCCGCGUUCCCUACAUCUGCUGGAGCUCCUGCUUUCUCUGAGAAGGGGAUUACUUUGCCAUCCAUGGUUGGUAGUUUGAACCCAAGAUGGAACGAGACUAUCACCGACGAAAUCAGUAACUCGCAGUUUGAGAAGGCGUCGAAGCUUAUGGGCGAUGUUUUCGUUGAUAAGCUUGACUACUACUCCAAGGCGUGGUUGCCAGCACGAGAGAUUGUAGUCAAUGCUGUCAAGAAGCGCUUCGAAACUGACCCAUCUGGCAAGAUCGUCAACUUGGGGAUCUCGUGUCCAUGGAAAGAGCAUUUGUUCAGUGUUGAGGAAGAAGAAGGAAUCAAGGGCGAGACCUUGUACGCUUUGUACAGCGAUGGGAAAGGAUGGAGAAUCCAGGCUGUUUCUAUCAGCAAGGAUAGCUUCGAGAAUAGAAAGGGAUUGCCAGAGAAAUGGAGGGGUGUUCGAGAUGAGGAUUUGAGCACCCUUACUGGAAUCGAUGGAUGUGUUUUUGUCCACGCUAGCGGAUUCAUUGGAGGAAACAAGACAUACGAAGGAGCUUUGGAGAUGGCAAAGAGGGCUGUUGCGGAGUAA